AUGACCUCCGCCACGCCUCCCUCCUCUGAAGGUUCCUCUCCCCAAAAGGUGUGCCACUCCCAGACACAGACAGACAUCACCAAGCCCCUGCUGGGACCCCCGGGCGGGACAGGGGCCAAUGGGACCAAUGGAGCGGCCGUAGUGAACGCCCUGAGGAGGAGGCGCAGGGUCCUGUCUAAAGAUGGCAGAAGUAACGUGUGCAUUGAGCACGUGAGCGGCCGCGGGGCGCUCUACCUCCGCGACCUGUGGACCACCUUCCUGGACAUGCAGUGGAGGUACAAGUUCUUCCUGUUCGCAGCCACUUUUGCUGGGACGUGGUUUGUGUUCGGGAUCCUCUGGUAUCUCAUCGCUCUGGUGCACGGAGACUUACUGGAGUUCGACCCGCCGUCCAACCACACCCCAUGUGUGAUGGAGGUGAAGACCCUGACCGGAGCCUUCCUCUUCUCUCUGGAGUCGCAGACCACCAUCGGCUACGGCUUCAGGUGCAUCACAGAGGAGUGUCCCGCCGCCAUCGUCCUCCUCAUCUUCCAACUCGUGCUCACCACCAUCAUGGAGAUCUUCAUCACUGGCACCUUCCUCGCCAAGGUCGCUCGUCCAAAGAAACGCGGAGAAACGGUGAAGUUCAGUCAACAAGCGGUCGUCUCCAGCCACGAGGGGCAGCCCUGUCUCAUGAUCAGAGUGGCCAAUAUGCGUAAAAGUCUGCUCCUCGGGUGCCAGGUGACCGGGAAGCUGCUGCGGACCUCCCUGACCAAAGAGGGCGAGACUGUGCGUUUGGACCAGAGAAACGUGCCCUUCAGCGUGGACACCUCCACCGACAGCCCCUUCCUCAUCAUCCCCCUCACCUUCUACCAUGUGAUCGACAACAACAGCCCCCUGCGAGCCUGGGCGGCCAAAGAAUCAAACCCCAGAUCCACUCUGACAGACGCAGCAGACUAUUCCUCCUGCAGCAGUGACUUCUAA